AUGAGCGGAGACAAACCUUGGCCCGAAGUGCCAAUUGGAAAUAAGGACCAUGCCAAUGCAGCAGUCGUGAUCAUAGGUGCUGGCAUAUCAGGCAUGUGCACAGCUAUCGAUCUGAUCAAACAAAACAAUUGCAAGAACUUCAUCAUCCUUGAGAAGAGCAGUGGAGUCGGCGGUACAUCUGAUCAAACACACUCUAGGNNGCACGACAACAAGUACCCGGGUGCCUGCUGCGACGUUUGGUCACAACUAUACUCAUACUCCUUCGCCCAAAACAGUGACUGGACCCGCGAAUACCCUGGCCAAGAAGAGAUCCUCUCCUACCUAAUGGGCAUAGCACAACAAUACAACCUCUACCAACACAUCCGCUUCAACAGCACCGUCGAAACCGCAACCUGGAACGACAGCACCAAGAAAUGGAGAAUUCACGUCAGCACAGCAAAAGGAAGCAAAGAUGCAGAAUUCAACCCUGAAUACGAUAUCAAUGCCGACUUUCUGGUUAGUGCGGUUGGUCAAUUGAAUGUUCCCAAGUGGCCGGAUAUUCCUGGAUUGAAAGAUUUUGGAGGCAAGGUUAUUCACUCUGCUCGUUGGGAUUGGAGUUAUGAUCUCAAAGACAAGAAGAUUGCCGUUAUUGGCAAUGGUGAGUCGUGCUACAAGCUUCCUGAUGGAAACACAAGUCUAAACGAUAUACANGGUGCCACAGCCGUCCAAAUCAUCCCCGAAAUCGCAAAAGUGGCAAGUAAAGUUGGAAUCUACCAACGCACCCCAAAUUGGUUGAUACCUCGACUGGAUGCUCCCAUCCCAUCUUGGACAAGAAAUCUAUUCAAAUAUGUGCCUNNCCCCCUCAUGUGGCGCAAACGAGCCCUCCAAAUGGAUUUCCGCGAAUCGUUCUAUGGGAUCAUAGGAGACUCGUCUUCUGCAGGUGCAGACGAAGUCCGCAAGUACAAUCAAGAUAUGCUGGACGCAGCGUUCCCUAACGAUAAAGAGAUGCAAGAGAAACUGCGGCCAAACUACAAUCCAGGAUGCAAGAGGAUCAUCAUCAGUGAUGAUUACUACCCAGCCCUAGCCCUUCCACACGUUUCUCUGAUCACAGACAAGAUCUCGUCCAUCACCAACAGCGGUAUCGAGACCGANAAAGGAGAAGCCAAAGACUACGAUCUCAUUGUCCUGGCUACUGGAUUCGAGACCCUGGACUUUAUGCAUCCGAUACAAAUGGUCGGUCACAACAACACACCACUCUCUCAAGUCUGGAGCUCCGGAGCAAAAGCUCUAUACGGCAUUACCGUCUCCUCCAUGGACAAUUUCGCAAUGCUGUACGGACCAAACACAAACCUCGGUCACAACAGUAUAAUCCUAAUGAUCGAAGCACAAUCCCGCUACAUCAACGCUCUAAUCUCUCCCGUGUUGCAAGCAAGAAAACAAGGCCUUGCAAUGAGUAUACGACCAAAAGAAAAACGCAUGCAAGACUUCAACACCACCCUCCAAUCCGAACUCUCAGCCUCCGCCUUCGCAGACCCAAAUUGUCAAUCUUGGUAUAAAACUGAUGAAGGUCUUAUUACAAACAACUGGAGCAGAAACGUCGUCGACUAUCAAGAAAUGAUCUCUGCUGUUAACUGGGAGGACUAUGAAAUCGAGGGUGAUGGAAAGAAACUGCUACAAAACAGGAAGAUAGAUAAAAUUGGUAGGGUUAGAGAGGAGACGGUGGUGAGUAAUGGAGUCUUGGGUGCCAUCGGUAUGGUUAGUGUUGCUGCUGUGGUAGCGGCUGGAUGGUUCGUCAAGAGUGGUGGUGGGAGGUAUAUGUCAGGAUUGAGGGUUAGAUAG